ACAGAAAGAGGUAGAGGAGAGGAGAGCAAAAUAGUUGUUUUCUAUCUCCGUGUGGCUCACACUGAGAGUUGUCUCACCAAAAGAGCGGGAAUAUUUUAUUUAUUUUUCUUCUGUUCAUGUUAUCACCACUGAUCAUACAGAAUAAAAACCUUGUUAAACUGGGGUUUUCUUCAAUCUGAACUCAACUGUAAAACAGAUUUAAUCUCAGACUGAUUCUUCUUGUGGGACUAGUUUUAUUAGGAUCCUACUAGUUGUCAUAAUACCAGUCUGUCUCUGAGAUGGGGUCCAGAACUCUUCUACUUGUUCUGGGUCUUCAUUUCACUCUUCUGGGGAACCUAGAGGCCAUAGAUUGCGACCCGGGCUUCACAGCCAAAGGGAGACAAUGUGAUGAUAUAGAUGAGUGUAAAGAGUGGGACAGUACCCCACCCUGUGGAAGUAAUGCCACAUGUUACAACACACAUGGGAGCUUCUACUGUCAGUGUCUACCUGGGUUCAAAUCCACAACGACUGUCAACUUUACUGCUCUCACUGGGGAGUGUAACGAUCUCAAUGAGUGCCAGAAGACACCACAGGUUUGUGGCAGCAACGCUUCUUGCCUCAACACCAUCGGGAGCUACAAAUGCCAGUGUCAACCUGGGUUCAGAUCCACAACGCCUGUCAACUAUACUGCUCUCAUUGGGGAGUGUAAGGACAUGGAUGAGUGUAAGAAGCAGACUGCUGAUUGCCCCAACAACUUACCAUGUGUGAACACCCCAGGGUCCUACGCCUGCAUCUGCCAGUCUGGGUACAAACUAACAGAGAGCAGGUGUGAGGACAUAGAUGAGUGUAAUGUAACUGCUGGUAUCUGUGGAGAGGGAGGGACCUGUCAGAACCAGGAAGGAAGCUACAGUUGCCUCUGUCUACCUGGAUACAGUAAUUAUGGCAACAAACAGGCGAGGUGCUCAGUACUGACAUGUGACCAGUUUAAAGGGGAUGAGACUCCUGGACAGAAUGUCCCAGGUUUAGCUGGUCUCCUGUCUCUGAUGAGGAACAGCUGUCUGGCGUUAAGUAACUCUGGGGAAGCAGCUGGAGGGAGACUGACUGGAGAGAUGUUACUGGAGAAUGUCUUCACGCAGAUAGAUAGUUUCCUGUCUCAAUGUAUCCUAAGCAACAGCCGUGAGGUGAGUAGGUUGCUCGGCGCUGUGGAGGACGCCAUGAAGCUCAUAGCGCCGCAGCUCAGAAACAACCACACCACCAUGGGAACAGACCGCGCAGAGGCUGAGAUUGCAGUGAGGAGGGGACAGACUCCGCCCAUUGGGCCAAUCAGCCUGGCCAAUGACAACGCUAGACUGGACACCAGCUGGGAGACAGCCACCGGCAACGGGACGUACCCAGGUUUCUCUCUGGCUGGGUUGGUGUGUUACAAGACAGUGGAGAGAUAUGUCAACGACUCCUUCCAGUACCUCACAGACACAGACACAGACACAGACACAGACACAGAAACAGACACAGACACAGACACAGACACAGACACAGCAACCGCCACGGCAUCAAAGCCUAACUUCCAGAUCAGUUCCAAGGUGGUAACAGCUUUUGUCAGUAACCCAGCAACAGACCAACUCACCCAGCCUGUCAUCCUCACCUUCAAACAUCUACAGGUGAGGGCAGAGUCAUCAGAAAUGAACUAUACCUGUGUGUUCUGGCGUGUCCAUGAAGAGGGAGGGGCGUGGUCAAGUCAUGGCUGUACCAAAGUCACGUCUAACGCUACACACACCGUGUGUUCCUGUUCCCACCUUAGCAGCUUUGCUGUUCUCAUGGCCCUCUACCCUGUAAAGGAUACAUUUGAGCUGCGUCUGUUGACGUGGCUGGGUCUGUCGGUGUCUGUGGUGUGUCUGUUGCUGUGCAUCCUGACAUUCUGGCUGUGUCGGUCCAUCCAGGGGACACGCACCACCAUCCACCUCCACCUCUGUGUCUGCCUCUUCAUCGCUGACCUCGUCUUCCUCAGCGGUAUCUCUCACACACAGAGCAAGGGAGGAUGUGGGUUUGUAGCAGGUCUCCUCCACCUAUUCUUCCUAGGAUCCUUCAGUUGGAUGUUGUUAGAGGGGGUUCAGCUUUACCUCAUGGUGGUCCUGGUCUUCAACACAACCAUAAGACCUCUGUACCUGCAUGCUGUGGGAUAUGGACUGCCACUGACUAUAGUCAUCAUCUCUGCUAUCACCUACCCAGAUGGAUAUGGUACCACACAACACUGUUGGUUGUCUCUGGAGAGAGGAUUCAUCUGGAGUUUCUUCGGCCCAGUGUGCACCAUCAUCUUCCUCAACGCAUUCAUCUUCAUCAUCACUGUCUGGAGGCUGGCCCAGAAGUUCUCUAGUCUCAACCCUGACCUCUCCAACCUACACAAGAUCAAGGUGUUCACAGUGACAGCAGUGGCCCAGCUGUGUGUGUUGGGUACUAUGUGGAUAUUUGGAGUGUUCCAGUUCCAAGAGGAGGGGACAGUGGUCAUGACAUAUCUCUUCACUAUCCUCAACUCUCUACAGGGAGCACUGCUGUUCAUCAUGCACUGCCUACUGAACAAAACGGUUAGAGAGGAGUAUUGCAAGCUGCUGUCCUGUAUCUGCACACCACAGAAGAAGAGACUCAGAUUUCAGCACUAACAACCCUUCCUCCAGCCAAU